AUGUCACUCGAUGUGGUAGCGCGACCACGGUGGUGCCACAGCGUGGUCGUCGUUGCGCGGGCCAACAGCAGCAGCAGCAGCAGCAGCAACAGCAGCAGCAGUAGGAGCAGCACUAGCAACAGCACUAGCGGCAGUGCGGGCGUCGACGUCGUCGUCGUCGGGUGUGCACGCGACCGAGCGGGCAAAGGGGCAAUGGUGUCCUCGGCUUGUACGGGGGUGAGAAGUGACUGCUGCUCAUCGUCAUCGUCGUUGUUGCCGUCGUUGCUGCUGCCGUCAAUCCGCAUUACCAAUAACGCCGUAAGCUGCGGUACCGCCGCCGUCAUCGCGCCCGCCACGGAUAGAAUCUGCGACGUCGCCGCGAUCAUCACCGCCGUCUUUGUCGUCAUCGCCAGCGUCAUUUCCUUUAUCGCCGCCGCCGUUGCCGCUGUCAUCGUCAUCGCCGUCGUGGAUGCCGCCGUCAGUCCCGCCACUGCCAUUACUGCCACCAUAUCCGACGCGAGUAUGAUCGUCGUCCGCGCUGCCAACGAGGCUUCCAUCGCGACGGUUUAA